AGCCGGUACCUCAGCCAUGAGGCUAGAAAGCUAAGGAAUGGCUGGAUCCAGCUGUCAAAGCCACGGCUUUCAUCCUACUGAUACUGCUUGGUAAAUUAAAGACUCAUGUGGUCAGAAAAAGAGAGAUAUACAGUAAAGAGAGAUUCAAAGACAAAGAAAACUUUAAAUGAUUUACAGUGUGUUUAAAAAUAUAUACAGGCUGAAAAUUAAAGUUCUUAAAAGUAAAAUAAGGAAGAAAGAGAGUAGUUGGGUGUGGUAGUACACACCUUUAAUACCAACACUUUGGAGGCAGAGGGAGAUUGACCUCUGAGACUUCAAGGUGUGGUAGCACACGCCUUUAAUCCCACUGCCUGGGAGGCAGAGACAGACAGAUCUCUGAGAGUUCAAGGACAGCCUGGUCUAAAGAGUUAUUCCAGGACGAAGAUAUACAGAAAAAAUAAAAGUAAAAGUAAAAGUAAACAAAAUAGAGUUAAAAUAAAGCUGCACAAAGAUGGAAAAUACACAGAGAAUCUUGAUACUAUAUGCUAUUAUGCUCUCUUUGAAUUGUUUGAAUGCUGAGGAAGGAGCAACAGAUGCUAAAAGAUAUUUGUUUAUAAAUGCUGCUGAACUAAUCCAAGAUAAAUAUUUUCAAAAUACCUUGACUUUAAAAUUUGAAUCUAAGGACAUGAUGCUUUGGAAAGGAGUUUCUUCUUUUGUUUUCACAGAGGAUGAGAUGCUGUGGAUUUCUUCUAUCACAAUAUGGUAUGAUGGACCACGUCCUCCUGAAGGGUUGCUGUGAACACCUUCAAAAAAUUACUUCACUCAACUGCUGACUGAGAGGAACCUAGCAGACAGGUUAUACCAUGAAAGACUUGAUUAACAGCGCCCCCAUUCAGCAGGAAGCAGUUUGGAGAGAAAAAACUGCGCCCAUGUUCCCAUAUAUUGUUUAUAAAUGUUCUUUUACAUUUAAAGGGGGUUAUGAUAUAGGUAUGAAUAAUUUGCAUUGAUAUGGAUUUUGCUUUAGUGAUUUAGAUUUAAGGUCAAUUUUGUUAUAUGUAUAUGUAUUUCUGAUCUUGAUUAAGGUAUUGUGAUUGUGUAGUUCAUUUAAAAAUGUAAUAUAUGUAGGUUGUUAAUGGAUAAUUAUUAAUAAUAGUCAAGCUUGUAGUUAUGUUAGAUUUUCUAGAUGUACAUAGAUAUAUUUUAGAUAGGCAUUCUUCAUAUCUUUCAAAGAUUAUAGAAUAUGGCAUUUUAAAUGUUUUAAUAACUUAAGGUUUUUCAUGACAAUGAGACACGUCUGCUCCUGCCAGCACCAAUCUACUUCAAGAAGAAAGAAGAUGGGCAUCGAAGAGGCACCUUAUGGAGUUUGAUAGCCAUUUGGGCAAGAAACUGCUCUUGCCUGGACUAUUGCAUAAACUGGACACAAAGAACCCGCAGAGAGAGGACUGCUGAACUUGCCUAAAGGUGAGAUGGUCUUUCGGGGUUUCUGAUUUAUGAAAGAGUCUGCGAGACAUUCUGCAGGACACAGCAGAUAGUGACUGAACUACCUUUGAAAUUUCCUGCUUCAUGGAAAUGUCUGCUGGAUACCAUGGACCUGUAGGCCGAAGAUGGAUGCCCCAUCGGUACAGAGAAACUUUGGGUGACUGUCCAGGCAGCGAGAUGUCUCUGUCAUUUCUAGAGUUUUGAAAAUUGCUUACUUUUUGUUUGCUUAGGUAAUAUUGUAUUCUUCUGGAGUCUUUGAUGGAGUUGAAGAAUAGAUAGAUAGUUAUAGUUAUAGUUUUCCAUUGUUAUGAUAAAAGAUAAAAUAGAUAAACUGUUUUGUCAUAUGUAAUUUUGCUAUGUUAAAGUUAAAGCCUUCCUUUUUUUGUUUAAACAGAAAAAGGGGAAGUGAUGUGGGAGUGUCAUAUCAGUCUGUUGAUUUCAUUGGUUAAGUAAUAAAGAAACUGCUUGGCCCUCAUAGGUUAAAACAUAGGUGGGUGGAGUAAACAGAAUAGAAUGCUGGGAGGAAGAGGAAGUGAGCUCAGACUCAGCUCUGCUCUCUGGAGCAGACGCUAUGCUCCCCUCGCCCCAGCAAACGCGAUAAAGCUCCGACCCAGGAUGGACGUAGGCUAGAAUCUUCCCGGUACCUUUUGUUGCCCUGUGUGAAUCUUGUCUGAGAGUUUCCCAUGGAUACAAAGCCUAUGCAAAACUUGGUUGAGGAAACCAGAAAAUUGUGGUACCUCAUGAAUCAGGUCCUCAGAGCAGCAACGCUACAAUGGCUCUGCAGAAGUCCCUCAUCCUGCUCCCAUUGCUUGUCCUGGUGUUUGGAUGGGUCCAGUCUUCGCUGGGCAAGGAAACUUCUGCCCAGAAGUUUGAGCGGCAGCACAUGGACUCAACCGGCUCCUCCAGCAGUGCCACCUACUGCAACCAGAUGAUGAAGCGCCGGAAUAUGACCCAGGGAUACUGCAAGCCUGUAAACACCUUUGUGCACGAACCCCAGGCAGCUGUCCACGCUGUCUGCUCCCAGGAAAAUGUCACCUGCAAGAACGGGAAUUCUAACUGCUACAAGAGCCACUCCGCCCUGCACAUCACUGACUGCCGUCUGAAGGGCAACUCCAAGUACCCCAAUUGCGACUACCAGACCAAUCAGCUGCAGAAGCACAUCAUCAUAGCCUGCGAAGGGAACCCCUUUGUGCCGGUCCACUUCGAUGCUUCUGUGUAGGGCUUCACCUAGGCCAAAGCAGUCAGAUGUCCCUGUCUCCCCACCUCAUCAAGCCAGUACCUGCCCCUCCCGUUCUCAUUUUUUCCCAGAAAGAAAUAGUCCC